CAAAUGAGACGCCAAUCACCCUGGUCGCCAUAGUAACGGGGGGCGGGAGCAGCUGUCGGUGGUGACGUGCCAGAGCCGGUGGAGCUCUGAGGUUGUGUGUGCACAGACGCCAACGUGUGCACGGCGCAGGUCCGUCUGAGAUAAGCGUGCCGGAGAGCCGAGUUGGAUGUUGAUGUAAACUACAUUAAACAUCUUCCCUAUCGACAGCUGGGUGAACCAGAAUGCUGGAGUGAACCCUGUUACAUCACCACGCACCCGGGCCAAUUAAACCAAGCACCUCACUAACCUUGUGAUAUACUCAGCGUUGCUGUUGAGACCAAUACCAUGGCGACAGAGGGGGGUGACAAGGCGGAGACGAAGAAGAAGUUGACGGGCCCGGCCAGAAUACUCCGGCUCGGGAUGACCAGGAAGGGUUCCGAGAGCCGAGCCAAUAGAAGACACGCAUCUGAAGGUGGAGUUGGAGAGGGGGGAGGAGUCUCCGGCAUGCAAGAAGAGGUCCGAGAAGAAGCAGAAGUGUGCUCCGGUGUCGACGUCCCGACCACCAGGGGGAGCUGUUCUCAGAAGGAGGAGGUGACGGAGGAGGCGGGCAGGGGUACGAGGAAGACCCAGAAGGGGGUGUGGAGGAGGGUGUUCCUCACCUGCCUCAGGAGACGACGGCGGCCGCGCCCGGAGGGCAGCACCCCCGGGUGCCCCGCGGAGCAGAUGGGUCCGUCCAGCGAGGGCGCGAAGAGGAAGAGACGCUUCCCCGGGCUGACACUUUUGCGCCGCCUCCUGCCCUCCAGCAGGGGGCGGGACGGGGGGGCGGGGCCCCGUUGUGCCGUGGAGGACGAGCGCGAAACACGCCAACCACUUCACAGCAGCCCAGGCGCCGCGGGGCGGCCAGGCAACACCCAGGAGGGGACCGACUGCGGACGGGACAACCCCCAGCGGGUCGCCCUGGAGAACAACAAUGACAAAGACGUCCCGUGGUUGUCCGAAGCAGCCCUGGACGAGGCGAGGCACGUUCUAAAGCAUCGCUCGGACCUCGACGACGUCGCCAUGGAGAUGAGUGUGCAGGAGCCCGAGGCCGCGACUGAAUCCCAGCUGGGAUGUUUUGAACCGGCAUCAGAGGUGGACCCCCAGCUGCCGGACCCCCAGGCCCCGGAGCAGAGACUGACGGACGGGUCACCUGACCCAGCAGAGAACCACCUCCCACCACCCUCCACAGCCCAUAAUGACCUGAACAACACCGCCGUGGAAACCGCUGACCAGCUUCUCGACGACAAGGCCAGUCCCUCAGAUGGCACUUCUGCAGAAGAAGAAGAGGCGAUGACCCCUGCACUGUUCAAUGGCCUCCAUCGUGUUGGGGAUGGUGUUGCUAUGGUUACUGAGGACCACCCUGCUGCCCGAGCUCCCUUCCCUGUGAACGCGGUCCUCGUCGUGCCGCUGAUACGCCUCAACAGCGGCGAGGAAGAUGGCGCGUGCGAUUGGGAAGGCGGUGCGUGCCUCUGGGAAGCGCCCGCGCCGGAGGACGAGUCGCCGCUGGAGGUCGGCGUGGAGGUGGAGGUGGACUGGGAGGUCAAGGGUGGAGGAGGGGGGGAUGCUGACGGGCUGGUGCUGGCCGCUCAGGCGGUGGUGCAGGCCGCCCUGUUGGCUGCCGUCCAGCAGCUGUUGAGGGAACAGCAGAACUCUGUGGACCACGUGCACCCCCAUCACGCCCACCACCUGUCCCCCGCCCCUUACUGACCCUUAGUCCCCGACGUCUAACAUUAAGUCCCUAACGUCUAACCCUUUGUCCCUGACGUCUAACCCUUAGUCCCUAACAUCUAGCAUUAAGUCCCUAACAUCUAACCCAUAGUUCCUAACAUCUAACCCUUAGUUCCUAACGUCUAACCCUUAGUCCCUAACAUCUAACCCUUAGUCCCUAACGUCUAACCCUUUGUCCCUGACGUCUAACCCUUAGUCCCUAACAUCUAACAUUAAGUCCCUAACAUCUAACCCUUAGUCCCUAACAUCUAACCCAUAGUUCCUAACAUCUAACCCUUAGUUCCUAACGUCUAACCCUUAGUCCCUAACAUCUAACCCUUAGUCUCUAACAUCUAACCCUUAGUCCCUAACGUCUAACCCUUAGUCCCUACCAUCUAACUGUUAGUCCCUACCACUUAACACUUAAUUCCUACCAACACUUAGUCCCUAACAUUUAACCCAUAGCCGUUAACAUCUAGCCCCUCACCCUAAUCACUCAUCCCCAUGCCCUUAAUCACUUUAUCUAACCCUAAAUCCAUAACCUCUAACCCUAAAUCUGAACCAUCUAACACAUAGUCCCUAGCAUCUAACCCAUAGUUCCUACCAUCUAACACUUAGUCCCUAACAUCUAACACUUAGGCUUUAACAUCCAUCCCCAUCCCCUUAAUCCCUCAAAUCAAACCUCUAGUCCCUCAAAUCUAACCCUUGGUCCCUGGCAUAUAACCCUUAUUUCCUAACAAUUAAACCUAAGUCCCAAACAGCUUACCCCUCACCCCAUCACCUGUCCCUCAACCCUUAAAGCCAGGGAAGGCAAUUUGGAGAAACCAGCAAGAGCACGAUUUUAAGUAUACAAACGAUAAAAUCCCAGUCCUCCUUUAACUCCCCAAUAACAAGUGACCAGCUGGCUAGGUUUAAAAAUAGUUCUGCAUAGCAUUGUGGGAGACUCCGCUCAUGUGCAAUGAGUGCACAGGCAGCGUGCGGCAGGUAGCCCGGAAGGUGAGUUUCCUUUUUAUAAUAGAAAAGUUUCAUUAUUAGGGUGUUUGAGUGUUUGAUUUAUUGAUUGCUGACGCGGUGGAAAGAGAAUUUCAGCAAAAAUAAAUUGCCUACCCUACCUUAAAUUCAUGACAUCUAACCCUUAACCCUCAACCCCAAAACCUUUGCCACCGGUAUCUAAUCCUCAUCACCUAACCCUCUUCCUAACUCUUUUCAUCUAUAUAGACAAUGUUAAUAAUUAACAUGAAGUCUUUAUUUAUAAACCGGCCAAAUCCUUGAAUCUCCUACUCCAUCUUGCUCCAUCACCUAUCCCAGCCACCAUUUAACUCCUAACUGAUGAAAAACACUCAACAGAGAAACUAUGUUUUUUUAAUGAUCACAGUCACACAGACACACACAGACACACAACUACACGUCACAGUUCUUUAUUAGUGUAUUUACAGAUAUGUUUGUGUCUGUCUUCAGUGAUUAGCAGGGCCAGGGCAACCGCGGUUUUAGUGUACAAAUGUCUUGUAAAUUAACAUUUAAUUGAUUCUCCUAAAUGCAAUAGUUAUAUUGUUUAAAUGCUUUGCUCUUUUCUGAUCUAACAGGGUGGGGGCUACUGCUUGUGUUGUGAAAGGAUGGCUGAAGGGUUGGACCAUUGAAGCAUUCAGUCAGGGAUUUGUGUCCCUACUUGUUUGAUUUUUGCAGAAAAAGGAGUGUAUAUUGCAGGCCACAAGGUUCAUUACGAAGUGUUAAGCAGUACUCUGUUAUUUUAGAAAAGCGUGACACCUCAAAUAUAAGCAACACUUAACACUGGUUAAGAGAGAAAACGAUUUUUCACAUGCAAAAUGCCGCGGCUGCUAUUUGAUUCCAAGUGUGUAGGAAGCAUUUCUAUUUUGUCCAGCCUUGAAAUAAAAAAGGCAGUUUAAAAUCAAAUAAUAAAGUGGUUACAUGAUAACAUACAUUGUAUAGUUAGGCUGAAGGAAAUAUUUUUUGUGAACUAAAGCAUUUAAAAGUGAGCCAUGUGGCUCACCUUUAAAUGCUACUGGCUGCGCUAACUAGCAUUCUAGAACAACAUCACCAGCUAGUGUAGCACCACUCUGCUAAGUGACACAACAGACAUAUCAUAUAGUUAUAGGUCAGAGAGAGAGAGAGAGAGAGAGAGAGAGAGAGAGAGAGAGAGAGAGAGAGAGAGAGAGAGAGAGAGAGAGAGAGAGAGGGAG